AUGCCGCCUCCACCGCCGCCGCCGCAGCCGCCGCCCAAGAGAAGUGGUGCACGAUCUGCAGUGCCGACAGAACGUGCUGCCGGCGACGUCUUCGGCCUCACAUUGACGAUGGCCGAAAAGGCGCUUCUCACAGGCGAAAACCUUGGCGGCUAUCGGGGCUCGCUAGGCAUGUUUUAG